AUACAUAUAUUGAAAUAUAAUAUUUGUACACAUUGAAAAAUCAAAUCAUAGUGUUUAUAAAUGUUUCCAAAAUUAAGUUUUUGCAUGUCAUCUAAAUUUAUAUUUAUUGCAAUAACAAUAUUGUUUUUAACCCGUGUUUCCAAGUUUUAGUGCAUCUACUGUAUACAAAGUAACUCGUUUCUGUACAGUUAUUAGGUAUUUAUAAUAUAAUUAAAAUUCCAUUUACUAUCAUCAAAGUCGACCAAAUUUAAAAUACGUAUUGUUAUUGUGCAGGAAAUAAUAAAACAGUGCGUAACUUAAUUAAAAAUUGGAGUUCAUUGUGACUAUAGUCAAUGAUACGAUGACUUACAUUAUUGUCACACUGAUUGUUCUUUUACUUUUAAUCAAAUUGGUGUUAUUAAUUAUAACUAAACAAUGCAAAAGCAAAGUGUGCUUAAUAGGUAAAACUGCAAUUGUAACUGGUGCAAAUACAGGCAUUGGCUUUGAAACGGCUUUAGACUUUGCACAUCGUGGUGCCAAAGUGAUUCUUGCAUGCAGAAAUCCUGCGAAAGCCGAAGAUGCUAGAAAUAGAAUAAUAAACAUCACACACAACCCCAAUGUUGUAGUAAAAUUUGUCGAUAUGUCUUCCUUGAAGUCGGUUAGAGCUUUUGCCAAAGAGAUAAACCAGAACGAGGAAACACUUGAUAUUUUGGUGAACAAUGCAGGGGCUGGAGGAAUGGCACCCAAAUUAACUGAAGACGGUUUAGAACUGACUAUGCAAGUUAAUUAUUUUGCUCCGUUUUUACUGACAGUUUUACUCACAGAUUUGUUGAAGAAAUCAGCUCCUAGUAGAGUAGUAAAUGUGUCUUCUUACAUGGCGAAAUUUGCAUGCUUGAACCCGAAUGAUCUGAACAAACGAACAGGAAUUACUAUGGCGUAUUCUAAUUCAAAACUGUGUCAAAUUUUCUUUACGAAAGAACUUGCAGCUCGAUUGAAAUCUUUUAACGUCUCAGUCUUUUCCGUGCAUCCCGGUGCUGUGCGAACAGAGAUUUUCAAACGGAUACAAGGUUUUAGAAAAUUAGUACUAGACUUUUUCUACAAUUUCUAUUUUAAGUCAGCGGAAGAAGGUGCACAAACAGUAAUUUAUACUGCAGUGGAAAAUUAUUUGGAAUCAUAUACUGGGGAACAUUUCAGCGAAUGCCAGGUUGUGUCUACGUAUAAAACAGCUCAGGAUAAAAAUUUACAGAAGAAAAUAUGGGAAAUGAGUCAAAAGUUGGUUCAAUUAAGACCAGACGAGUUUCAAACGAAAAUGUACGGAAUUCUAGAGUGGAUAUUAUUAAUUUUGUUCAUAUUUUUUAUUGGAUCAAUUUUAAAUAAAUUUUUGUUUGGUGUUUGUAAAAGUUUUAGUUGUUUGAUCGGCAAAACUGCUAUAGUUUCUGGAGGAAAUUCAGGAAUUGGAUUAAAAGUGGUGAAGUCAUUAGCAUCCAGAGGAUGCAAAGUGAUAAUUGCAGACAAAGACAAUGCGGAAGAAACAGUUCUAAAAAUAAUCAAGGAAACCGAUAACCCGGACAUUAUUUAUAAAUAUUUAGAUUUGGGAUCGUUUAAUUCUGUAAGAAAAUUUGCGAAUGACAUUAUAAAAAGCGAGAAAAAAUUAGAUAUUUUAAUCAACAAUGCAGGAAUCAGUUUUGGACACGACAAAAUGUCGGAAGAUGGAAUAAAUCUUCUUAUGCAAGUUAAUUAUUUUGGACCGUUUCUACUCACACAUUUACUAAUUGAUCUGCUUAAAAAAUCAUCUCCAAGUAGAAUAAUUUUUACAAGUUCAAAUUUGUCACUACGAAAUAAUAUAAAGUCAAGUAAUUUGACAAAUCCAAAAUUAAAAUUCGAAUUUUUCGAACCGACUAACCUGUUGAACAUAUAUGCUAAUUCAAAAGUAGCUACGAUCAUCGCUUCCAAUGAAAUAGCUUCAAGAUUAGAAGGAUGCGGAGUAACUAGCAAUUCUCUUCAUCCUGGCAUUGUUAAAACGCCAAUAUUUAAAAAAGUUGAGAAUGUAAAUUGGUUUUAUUUGUUCUUAUUGAAUUUGUGGAAUAAUAUUUUUGCGAAGAAUUCAUGGGAAGGUGCACAAACAACAUUACAUUUAGCCAUGUCUAAAGAAGUUGAAAAUACAACAGGAAAAUAUUUUUCGGAUUGCAAAACGCAUUUUACUCCAUAUAUAACUAAGAAUACAAAAUUUUGCAAAACACUUUAUGAAGAAUCACUGAAAAUUGUUGGAUUGAGCGAAAAGGAGAACAUUCAGGAUUAAGUUACUUAUUGUCAAAAAUUGUUUUUAUUUAUAAUUGUAUUUUUUUAAUGUAAAAUAUAUAUGUAUUUGUACAAUUCA